GCUGCGGUUUAGGCGUGGCGUCUGCUCCGGGCACCUGAAGGAGACUUGGAGACGCCUGGGCGGCGUUGCCUGAAUCGUUAGGCGCCGCCACCGCCAUCGCCACCGCCACCGCCACCGCCCUCAGUCCAUGAGGAAGAUGCUCGCCGCCGUCUCCCGCGUGUUGUCGGGCGCUGCCCAGAAGCCGGCAAGCAGAGUGCUCGUGGCAUCCCGUAAUUUUGCAAACGAUGCUACAUUUGAAAUUAAGAAGUGUGACCUUCACCGGCUGGAAGAGGGCCCUCCCGUCACCACGGUGCUCACCAGGGAGGAUGGGCUCAAAUACUACAGGAUGAUGCAGACUGUUCGCCGAAUGGAGUUAAAGGCAGAUCAGCUGUACAAGCAGAAAAUUAUUCGUGGUUUCUGUCACUUGUGUGAUGGCCAGGAAGCUUGUUGUGUGGGCCUGGAGGCUGGCAUAAAUCCCACAGACCAUCUGAUCACAGCCUAUCGGGCUCAUGGCUUUACCUUCACUCGUGGGCUUACUGUCCGAGAAAUUCUUGCAGAGCUUACAGGACGAAGAGGCGGUUGUGCUAAAGGAAAAGGAGGAUCAAUGCAUAUGUACGCCAAGAACUUCUACGGGGGCAAUGGGAUCGUUGGAGCUCAGGUGCCCCUGGGAGCUGGCAUUGCGCUGGCCUGUAAGUACAACGGGAAAGAUGAGAUCUGUCUGACUUUAUAUGGUGAUGGCGCUGCCAAUCAGGGUCAGAUAUUUGAAGCUUACAAUAUGGCAGCUUUGUGGAAAUUACCUUGUAUUUUCAUCUGUGAAAAUAACCGCUAUGGAAUGGGAACGUCUGUUGAGAGAGCAGCAGCCAGCACGGAUUACUAUAAGAGAGGCGACUUCAUUCCUGGGCUGAGGGUAGAUGGAAUGGAUGUCCUGUGUGUCCGGGAGGCGACAAAGUUUGCAGCCUCUCACUGUAGAUCUGGAAAGGGGCCCAUCCUGAUGGAACUGCAGACUUACCGUUACCAUGGGCACAGCAUGAGUGAUCCUGGAGUUAGUUAUCGUACACGAGAAGAAAUUCAGGAAGUGAGAAGUAAGAGUGACCCGAUCAUGCUUCUCAAGGACAGAAUGGUGAACAGCAAUCUUGCCAGUGUUGAAGAAUUAAAGGAAAUUGAUGUUGAAGUGAGGAAGGAAAUUGAGGACGCGGCCCAGUUUGCUACAGCCGAUCCUGAACCGCCUUUGGAAGAACUAGGGUAUCACAUCUACUCCAACGAGCCACCUUUUGAAGUUCGGGGUGCAAAUCAGUGGAUCAAGUUCAAGUCCGUCAGUUAACGGGAGAGUGCACGUAUGCGUGGUUCCACCUUCAGUGGGCUGUUUGACAGCAACUGGAAGGAACUCUUGUUCUCAAACUUUGUUAAGGAGGGAAACCCCAUAGGAAAGUAUGUAGAUUCAGGUAGGAACUGCAUGCAGUUUAUAUAGUGUUGCGUUAUAAGACGUUAUUGCACACUUAAUUAUUUAGUGUGAAUAUUAAAGGUUAUUUAGAUUUGUAUAGGCCUAAAAUAGGCAGUAUAGAGUUUGCUCAACCUUCUUUCAAACUAUUUCCUUAACACAGUUUUAUUUGAUUUAGUUGUAUACUAUUUGAACAAAUACGUUUUAAUUACUAAAAGGAAAAACAGUUCCUUGUAUGUCUGUCCCACUCUGUCACCUUUUUGUGGGGGGAUCAUUCCCUUGGCAUACUCACAUUACCCCCACAGCGUACCUUAAUGCACGUAGUAUUUAUUACAACCAGGCAAGUAGAAAGACAAUUCUACUUUUAAAUAGGAAUACUUCAGAAUCAUUGCAAAGGCCAAAUAACUUAGUUAUCUCCAUUUAUACGUUCAUAAUCAAACAUUAAAUACAAGGUACAUUCAUAUCAAUUUUCUUUUUCAAAUUUAAGUGCAAUGCCAGUUAAUAGUAAUGUGUAGCCUGAAACAGUGAUUUCCAGCCUUUUUGUUAUUUUAAACACCCAUUGUUUCACCUUUCCAACAAGUGCUAUAUAGGGUGUACUAAUUUUUUCAUUGAAAUAUAUUAAAAUUCAUUUUUAAGAAUUCUGUAAUACCCUAAUCAAAAUUAGGGUUCACAAUCACUGUUCUCACAAUACAUACAGUUCUACUCACCUAUAACACGUUAACAACAGGUUAAAAGAAACCAUCUCAGUAAUGCUGUAGCGGCAGAGACAUCAGCUCCUUGCUCCCUCUGCGCCCUGGCCCAGCUGACGGGUUAAGCGUCAUCGGGGGUGGCCAGGGCCCCCUGAGCCUGUCUUCUGUACUGGGAGACUGCAGCCCAGAGCCUGCAGAGGAGCCCACCACUACGAAAGAACGUGAGAGUCUCCUUUAGAGUCAAAGCAACACCCCUUAUGGCCAAAACUGGAGCAUGUAAGUCUAGGCUUGACUAGGUUUGCCAUCUAGUCUUCAAAGCUUACCUAAAAUAGAAAUACAUUCUUUUCACAUACGGAUUUACCACUUAGGCCCUAGAGGUAUGUACAGGAGUGCUGGUGCAUCUGUACAGAGCGGGCCAUUUAAGAUGCCAUGGGAAUGAGAAUGCAGGUCGCAGUUUAAAGAAAGGGUUCGGGAAUAGCACGAAUGGCAGGAGGAGGAGAGCGCUUCUGUCACCUUCCUACUUCUCGCUGACUUUUCCUGCCAGACUUUCAGCUUCUGCCACCUCUCGGCUUUUUCCAGCUUCAACCCGGGAAAACUCCCGAGUUUGGAGCUUUCUGACUAAGUCAUAGGAAAAGGUACCAGCACUUUUUCUACUGCUUUAUGUAAAAGCAUAAUCACAUGAAAAAGCCAUUUUCUACUAUACAAAGUGUUUUGAGGCUGUUCUUACCGUAGUCUAAGGUAUCUUAGAUCUUCCUUAGUGAUAUCAUUAAGAACAUCAGAAAGUGUAUAACCCUCUUCAACAAUCUGAAACCAAGAGCAAAUACAUAGGAGCUA